AUACCCGACAGACACCACUGAGACGACACCUUUCUUCCCAACGAGAAAAUAUACUUUUCCACCACGCACAGAGUACACUGCCGACGUGCAAUUGGCGCUCUCGGCAGCAGCCAGCUGGUAAAGUAUAGAUACUUUCGGAUGAAAAGAUACUCAGUUGGAAGGGCACAACAAGCAGCAGGUAGCACCUCCACAUCUACAUACAUACGUACAAACGUAUCUAGCUGUCCGCGAGUAAAAUCAUUGACUUUAGCCAUUCUCUUGCAGGUUUGUGUUUAGUUUUACGAGAUCUGCUGUCGUCGACGGACGUGUGUGCACGGAAUAACAACGGGAUAUAAGUAGUAGAAAAAAUUUUUCAGUUAAGUGCCGAGCCGAAAAAUUUAGAACAAGUCCAUAGUAUGAAAUAAGAGAUUUAUUAGAUACAAGCGAAUUCUAUCAAAGAAAUGUGAAUUUUUGCUCUGGUGUUGUCCGUAUGGUGAGACGUGCGCAGAAAACUGAUUUUGCAUUGAAAAUUUAAAAACAAAAACAUAAAAAAUACUAAAUGCUGAAAAUAAUACUAUUUUGAAAAUCAAAGUAUCUAAACAUUCAUAAGCACUUACAUACACAUAUCUAGUACCGCGUAAAAUUAUUAAUGUUGCCAAAAUACUACUUACGAAGCUAAAAGUUUAAUUAAAAAAAAAUCCCUUUAAAUGUCUGUAUUUUGUGAAGAAAUAAACGUGCAAAGUGUUAGUGUUGAAUUUCCUGUUUGAAAUUCUUUGCCUACUUUUUUCACUCGCCAACAACUACAUACGCUUUACGGUAUUCUUGGUUUGCCGUGCCGCUUUUGGAGUGCAACAUACUUGUCUAGCCAGCUUGAAUAAAGUGGCUAGCGCCAAACGUGGAAGUCGCUUCUAAAGUUAUGGAAGGAGGUCUGCUUGAUUUGAGUUGAAUUUAGUAAAAAAGUUAUUGAAAUUCGAAGCUAAAUGCGGCAUAAACAAUACUAAAUUAACAGCAACAACAACAACAAAACAACUGGCAGCUGUAUAAACAACGAAACGUGCAUAAAACGAAAACAGUUCAAAACAUAGACGUACUCGCGCGUAGGCUGCUACACCGCUAAUUUAUAAUCAAAAACUUGACACCCCGGAACGGGAAAAGCAAUAAAAAAAUAAAAAUUAGAGACAACACAUACAAUUCCCGCAGAAGCACGUGCCAAAGAGGAAGAAGAAAAUAUAGUUUACAGUAAAUGUAAAAAGUAACAUAAACAAAUAGAUUUUGAUCAACUUUAAAUUACACACCGAAAGAAACGAGAAAACUCUGUUUAUCUAAGCAAAUCAAACCAACGCCCGAAUCGAAACGAUCAACUUGUUUGUGCUUUGUGGCACGCGACGUGAUUUUUAUGAUGCUGCACAUGCAAGAAAACAAACAACACAACUAAACGAAAAAAAAAGCAGAAAAACCAAAAAAAAAUAAAAAUAAAUAAAAAUCAGACUUAAAAAUACAUCGCAAAAAUUCCUGAAAAACACACAACGCGCUGAAAAACUAUUUUCAGCUGCACUUGAAAUGCCUACAGAAUGUGAGCGUACGACGACGAUCGCCAACACGAGCCAAAACGUGCCACAGACGCAGCAGCAGCAGCUGCAGCAACAGCAACAGCAACAGCAACAACAACAGCAUCACGAUCAGCAACUGCAAGCGGAACAGUUGCAAGCAGAAAACGAAGAAGCAGCAGCGGCAGCUCAACUUGAGUUUCAUGACGACAUGGAGGGCAAAGAGUUGAAUGGCGGCAAAAUGUCAACGUCACAGCAGACAUCAACAACGUCCGCGACAAAUGGCCACAAUGGGAGCAGCAACAACACAAAUGGAGUUGGAAAGAAAACGUCCAUAAUAUCGCCGGAUCCCACCCCUUAUGUGACCAAAGCGCGCGUCACGCGGCCCACACCGCCGCCACCGUCCUACAAUCCAAUGCAAUUUGUACAGAUCAAACCAUGCAAUCUUUACCAGACCGCACAGGAACAGCUAAAGAAGGCUGAGGAAGUGAAAAAGAUCAAGGAGAUCAAAAAAGAGGAGCCCGAGGAUUGGCAGAAUAAUUUGGAUAAUUGGAAGUCGUCGCGUAGAAAACGUGUCGAACAUAUCAUCGAUCGAGUUGUUGAAGUGAAAAAACUCGAAUUGGAAGAACACGACCGGACACGAAGAAAAUCGAAAACGUUCUCUGAAAUGAUCGAAGAAAGGGGCGAACGUGGUCCUCGCGGACGUGUCAAACUGGCCUCUUUAGCUGUUUACAAUGAAGAUGAAUCGAACGAUUUGAGCGAUCUUGGCAUUGGCACAAGCAGUGCCAGUGGCAAGAGCAGCCAAUCGGAGGAUUACGACAACAACAGUGUGCUGAGCGACAACGCUGAACUGGACAAGGCCAUAUUCGAGAAUAACCAAAAACCCAGCAGCAUCCCGGCGCGCGAAUACAUCUCCUCGCCCGGCUACGACACCUCCUCCAGCACUGCGCCCGGCAGCUCGCCCGAUCCAUGUGAAUACACCUACGAGGGUGCCAUUCAAGACUACAAACAACGCGUCUCUCGCGCCAGUGGUGGCAGCGCUUUAGCCAAUUUCAAGCUCAACGCCGGCAACACAAGUGGAGCGCUGAUUUCUAAAACCAACACCACCGCCUCGAAAGAAGCAUCACCGGAAUGUGGCAACUCCACCACGCCAAGCAGCGAUACAUAUCCCACACGGCGCGGCAGUAAAAUCGAAGACCGUCUCAUCGGUUUCGAAGUUACCUCACCCAGUGAUAGUCAAGAGGGUUUGGAAAAGAAAGUUGAUGUACCAAAAAUAGAUAUUUCGAAGCGUAAGGAGAUUUUCGAAAAUCAAAAUGCCAAUACGGAACCAAAGUCACUGAGCAAUAGUGGCGGUGGUAGCGUCGCCGUGCCACGCGUUACUCUACGCGAUCGGUUUAAGCUGGACGAGAGCGCCGCUGGCAACGGUGAAGUUUAUGAUACAACGCUGAAGCGCGAGGUUAAGCGUCUAUCGGGUGACAUUACUAGCAUACGUACGCGCAUGCAAAGUCUCGAACAGCAGCAGAAUUUAGUCAAUUCAACAAAUGGCAGCGUCGGUGCCGGUAAGGCGUCGAACGCAAAAUUAGUCGAUAUACCAGUACCACCAUUGAAGGAUCGCUUGUCUAGUUUACAAAAUGCCGUAGCCAAAGAGGAGGUGAAGAAAGCGCCCGUAGCACUUGUUGACGCCCGCCAACUCGAGAUAAUGAAGAGCGAAGAGGAGCAGCGACGCAUGAAACAAAUGGAGAGCGAGAAGAAAGCGCAAGUUGUGGAGGAGGUGGCGACUAAGGAGCAAGUGAGUGCGUCAUCUGCAGCGGAGGCGCCUAUUCCAAAGGAGCUGGUGGUUAAAAUCGAUGCACCCGAGGAGGAGGUCGACCGCGACGACAGCGGAAUUCACACUGCCGACGGCGAAAUCGAAGCGACUGAGGCGGGACUCUCCGAGCAGGAGCAGCAACUUAACGCGGCCAUUGCAGCACUAGCACUGGAGGAACAGCAGCUGACCGAGGCAGCCAAUGCGGUGAACCAAAUAGAAGCGGAGUUCGCUGAACUCUCCACGAACGCAGUGAACGCCAUCGCCAGCGAUCUAACGACAGCGACAGCGUCUGCAAAAACAACUAACGAACAGCCAUGCGAAAUGGAUUUUAGUAUCAACGAAGCUCUUGAACUGGCGCUGGAAGCAAUUGACAAAGAGACCAAAUUCACCAUGAUUGAUACCACCACAAUAAAAGCAACAACCAAAACAUUGAACACCGCUACCAGCAACCAUCAAAGCACAGCAAUAUCGACCACAACAACAACAACAGACAUGACAACCAUCACCACAAACUUGGCACCAAAGGAGGCGACAAAUAAAACCGACGAAGAGAAAGAGCUGAAGACCAAGCAACAAAUCGUUGCAACUACACACAACUACAUCAGCAACAACAGUACAUCAAAUUACGUUCCCGACAAUGAUUAUGAACGUAAUGACGCUAAAGCGGCGGAAAUGGCCCGCGAGGCGCUCAUUUCGCAGGAACCCAUUUACGAGAAUAUCUCGGCAGCAUCUACGCGCCAAGUAGAUGCUGAGGCAAUACGAAUCAUUUCGGCGAGCGCAUUGAAUGACAACAACAACCAAGUCUGCAACGUACGAGAUGUGAAUAAUCUAGCGGUUAAUCAAAUUAAUCAAUUGAACAAUAAUAUGAACAGCAACAACAACAAUAAUAAUAUUAGUAUUGAUAAUUCGAAUGCUAAUAAUGUCAGUAAUAGUAAUCAUAAUAAUUUGCUAAGUAAUUUGACUAACAUUAGCAACAACAAUAAUAACAGCAAUAGCAACAACAACAAGCGGCGUAAUGUCGAUACAAAUUUUAUUGAAUUAACCAAUGCUUUCGCUAAUGCUACAACAAUAACAACAGCCAUGGGCAUGCCAACAGCAGCAACAGCAACAGCAACAACAAUAACAACAACUGCAGGCGCAUGCACAGCAGCUACAGCUGCAGCUACUGCAGCGCUCAUAGCCAAUGAAAAAGCGCAUGCUAGUGACAACAAUGCUGCAAUUACAAAAACAACAACAACGCCAUCCACUGCAACGCUGCAAACGGAGCAGAAUUUACCAUCCCACACUUCCUUAAUUUCCUCCACAAAACCCAACUCGACAACGCCUGAGCACGCGCUCGCCCCCAACCCAACCGAUUUGGCAGAUCACGAGCCCUACUACCAGGUGCCCCAGUCCAGCGAACCCUACUACGAUGCACCCAAGCACCUGCGUCCCGUGCCACUUUACGAGAACAUCGAGGUGUUCUACACCGGCUUGGAGAACUCCACACUGGCAGGCGGCACUGGCGCCGCACUCAACGGCAACUUCAAAUUGGAGCCGCCGAAGGAGAAGCCACCACCGCCGCCCAUCGAAUCGCCGCCGCCUUUCGAUGAUGUCGACAGCAUUGACAAUAACACAGACACUUGGUCGUCGGACAAUACUUACGAGACGAUUUCAUCGCGCUUGCCACACGUAAAUGGCCUGGCGGCCGAUCAUCCUUCGCCGCCCAUCAAGCGCAUGAACUCGACCAAGCGCAUCAAGAAGGAGCUGCGUAAUAAGCGCUCGAGUUUUCUGGGCAUCGACACGACGAAUUUGGACGAUGAGGAGAGUUAUUUGGAGUUGACGGUGGCACCGCCGCCCGAUAUGGCGCAGCUGUUGCAGGAAGAGCGACGAUUGGAGAAGCAAUUGUACCUGAAGGCGGGACUGUGCGAUAGCUCAGAUACAGGCGAGAGCCGCGACUCUGGCGUCUCCGAGAAUCAUUCACGUCAGAGCAGCGAACACUACACAAACUCGUCGGAGGAGAACGAUCGGCAAAUCGACUCGCCGCCACACAGCCUCAAGUCGAAUGAGCUCGUCUAUCAGAAUGAAGCGCUGCUGAGCGCCGUGCAAACGCCACUGCUGCAAACAGUCAAGGGCAACUGCGCCGAAUCGUGGACCGAGUCCGCCACCGUCGCCGCAGCGGCCACCAAAUCACUCACCGAGGCCACCGCCACCGCCAAUGCCAAAAUGCUCUCCAUCGAGGAGAAAAUACGCGAACAGGAGGAGGUGUUGCGUGUCGAGCGCGAGCUGCUGCAGCUCGAACAGGAGGAACUGAAGCGCCAGCGGGAGAAUUUAAUGCUGCGCGAGAACAUGGCACGACGUGAGCUACAACAUGGCGCCAAGAUGCUCAUGUCCGCCAAUCGUCGCUCAUUGCAGGACCUAAACGGUGUAGGUAUGUCAGUGGCUAGUGGCGGCGCCGGUCUACCACUGCCGAAUGCUGCAACAAAUUUAGCCUAUCAAACAGCCGUGCCACAAUAUGCGCUUGCUGCGCAUCAUGGCGUGCAACAGCCACCAAAACAACUAUUCGGCGCGCCACUGGUAGCCGCGCAGCCGGCACAGCAGAUUUACGCAAAUGUGCCGAAUUUGCAGCAGCAGUACUACCAGGUGGACAUUGACUACCGCAAAUCGAUGUCUGAUCUGCAAGAGUUCUCCAAGCGGCACAUGCUGCCGCCCACACCACCAACCAAACCGAUGCGCGCCAUGCACGUGGCCAACUCAGCCAACACAGCUGAUGAACUGGCUGCGCAACGACAUUCGCUCAACGCACAAGGCUACGGUGGUUCGCUGGUGAAAAUAGCCGCACCCACUGCAGCGCCGCGCGGUCACACCAUUUACUCCAAUCAGCAAUAUCACCACCAAUCGACGCAGAAUUUAAGCAUCAGCAGCGGCAGCGUCAGCGCAGUGAGCGCUGCACCGCUACCACCACCCGUCGCUAACGGCCAUCAUCCAGCCUUGCCUGGCAAUAUGUCGCGCAACACGCUACUUGCGCUCAGUGCCACACCAAAACCCAAGUACACCGACGGCUGGGUGCAAGUACAGCAGCGCAAGUCUUUCGAUUCGAAUUUAGCCAACGAUCCUGCUUGGCUUUCCGCUUACCAACAGAAACGCAAAUCCUUGCCGGAGGCAUACCAUGCCUACAACAACCAUUGGCUGGUACAGGAGGCCGAACAGCGGCGUAUAGCAGAGCAGCGGCGCGGUAGCUCGACAGGCACAACGCCGGUGCAUCAGCAGAACGGCAGCGCUGUAGCUGCGGCAGGUGGCAUGAAGAGCGCGACGAGCAGCAAUGGCAAACCUCUACCCGACUCCAUCAUACAAACGCUGACGGAACGCGUGCAAAGCAAGGGUAUUGGUGAGCGAAAGAGAUUUGACAACUAUAAUACGCAGAGCGCUACUGCCUUGGAUAAAAGUCCGCUGCACGCCGCCUCCACAUACUACCAACACCAACACCAGCUGUCGCAGCCGCAAACGCCAACGCAUAAACGCCAUCUCAGCGCUGGCGGUAGCGGUGGCGUAGGCUCGACAAUUGCUGCAAUGCCACCACAAACGAAUGUGAAUGCUUCGCCGGCUCAUCAGCAACCACCACAACAACAGCAGCAACAACAGCAGCAGCAACCACAGCAACAGGAUAAAGUGUUGAGCGUCAGCGGCAAGAAAAAGUGUUCACAUUGUGGUGACGAAUUAGGACGCGGCGCCGCCAUGAUCAUCGAAUCGCUGCUACUCUUCUAUCACAUCAAUUGCUUCAAGUGUUGCGUGUGUCACGUACAGCUCGGCGAUGGCUUGAAUGGAACGGAUGUGCGCGUGCGCAAUCACAAAUUACACUGCCAAAAUUGUUAUUCCAGCGAUGAUGGCAUCAAAUUCAGCUGUGUUUGAGGGAGGCAAGCAAAAAAAAAAAGGAACCGCACUCUGCGACUAUUGACGAAUGGAAAUGGCUGAAGGAUGCGACAUACAUACAUAGAUAUAAAAUAAACAGCUGCAAAAUGGUUAAAAGCGUAAUGAAAUUGAAGACUGGGGAAAGUGGAUGGUGGUAAAUAGACUACAUCACUAAAAAAAAAGGAAGGAAAAAAUGGCAAAUUUGUUUCUUCAGUCAGAGUUAAACGUUGCAUUAGGCGCCUGAAAUGCUGUUAAAUGUUUAUGAUUGAUUUCAAGCUGAAUAUUGAAAAAAAAAAAAUAUUAAUGGAUGUUAAUCAUUUUCAUGCUUAUCUUUACUAUUUUUUUAAAAGUAAAAACAAAAUGUUUCAAAUUUUACAUUAAACGAAUUUUACAGAAAAAAUAUACAAUAUUUAGGUAAAAGUUUAACAAAUGCGCUAAAUGCUUAUGAUACUUAGAAAAAAAAA